AUGAAGGAUAAGAACGAGCAGCAGCAGACACUAAUGCAGAAGCUUCUACGUGCCAGCGGACCACAGAACGACUUGGUUCGAAAGAUGACUGCUGAAUUCGAAGAGAUAGAUCUCAAGAUUGACGCUGAGCAGUUCAAAGUGCAGAAGUGGGUCGAAGACAAGCAGAAGAUCGACGAGGAGGUGAAGAAUGCAAUGUUGGCGGAAGAGAGCAUUUGA